AUGUCCGCACUCAACAUCCUCCUUUGGCUCUGGUACUGCCUCCUCCCCAUCAUCCCUCUCCUCCCCCUCGUCUUGCUCGGCCACCGCCUCUACGCCUCGCGCUCGCAACACAAGCAUCACUUCAAGACUGCUGCCCCCUGCCGCUAUAUUCUCAAUGGCUCGCAGUACGUCGACACCCGCAAGAACAUCCACUCGCCGCAAACCGCGCGCGCGAUUCCCAACCGCACUCUCCAGCGCGUCUUCGGCAUCGAAAACUCCUUCACGACCGGCGACGAAGACGAAGCGCGGUUCCUGGUCCACAACGUCAAGGCGCUUAUUGCCGAGUCUGAGGCUGUUAGAUACUGGGAGGAGGUGAUGCAGGCGCUGUAUAGGGUUGUGCUUGCUAUUAUGCACGUUGAGGAGGGCAAGAAUGACACCGUCGCUGAGGGAGAUCGGAUCCGGUUGAUGCUAGCGCCGAUGGUGCGGGCUCUUACACUGCGAGUUCUGCUGUUUGUUUUCAUGGGCAUGAAGGGUGCGAGCAGUAUCGGACUGGAGCAGCUCGAUCAACUCGCUCAGGCUUUGCAUUCGACUCGGAUGGGUAUGGACAAGGCCGAAGAUACAGAAGACCAGGAGAUGCCGGAGCUCAACGACAACCACGAACUAUGGGACGCACUCAUCAAUGCGCUUGCAGGUAAUCCGGGAGACCCCCGCUCCAACCCACUCACUGUCCUCCUGCACCCCUUUGAAUCGCUCUGGCCGGUUAUCAUGCGCCUGUUCAUGACAAUCCACUGCCAAGGCUACCAUAGUGACAAGGAUAGCUGGAAGGCGGCUUUCGCUGCGUUUAUCAAGGAGCCUACCCUGAAGCAAUUCCGGCUGGGUCGCACCCAGAAUGUGAAGGACACCGUUACCGUCGAACACCUCGUCAAGGAAGCGCUGCGCCUCUACCCGUCUAUCCCGCAGGUUAAGCGUGCCUUCAAGCUCCCGACUAAUAGGUUCUGCUUUGAAGAAUUCGAGUACCUCACCGCGACCGCAGACUUCGAAGCCUGCCAUCUGGACACCAAGAUCUGGGGCCGCGACGCCGCUGAAUUCAAGCCCAGCCGCUGGGAGAAAGUGAGCGUCGUGCAGAACCUAUCGUUCUUGCCCUUUGGAAGCCUGCCAUUUUUGUGUCCCGCCGCGGACGAGGGCCUUGAUUUUGGAUUGAGGCUCAUCGGUCUCGUCGUCGGCCUUCUGGUGGAUGUUUUCGGCAACGGCGAGGAUGAGGACCUGGAGUGUCUGCUCGAUUCUAAUGAUGAGCAGGAGGUGCUCGAUAUGGUGCGGAUUCGCGAGCAGAAGAAGCUCAGCAACGAUCUUGGAUGCUAUGAGGGCGUGUACGUGGAGUACGCUUGGACGGAGGAGCCUUUUUGA